GACGCUGGAGGAGGGACUUCCCGGGAUCCAGACGCUUGCUCCCUGCCGCUGCCCUGUCAUUAUCCCGCCAAACAGGCUGCGGGCGCUGGGCUGAGUCACAGGCACGGAGUGUGGCCACAGCUCGGGAGGUCUGGAGGCGGCGCCAGGGACCCAGCCCGGAUGCUCCUCCCUUCCCGGGUCUCAGAUCACCUGCUCCCCGCUGGAGACCCUGGUGGGAGCAGACUGGAGGUGUAAUGAGGACAGGAGCGUGUCACUAGGCUGGUCCAGGUCCCUCGCCCGCCUCCCUGCAGCAGUGCCCUUCGGUCAGCUGUGGCCAUGGGCUGGAAGAAGCUGGGCUCCAGCAAUUUCUCCAGCUGCCCCAAUGGAUCCCGCCAGUGGAUAUGGGACGUGUUCGGCGAGUGUGCUAAGGACGGCUGGGAUGAGGCCAGUGUGGGCCUGGGCUUGAUCUCCAUCCUCUGCUUCGCGGCAUCUACCUUUCCCCAGUACAUCAAGGCCUGCAAGGCCGGCAACAUGGACCAGGCCCUGUCGCUGUGGUUCCUGCUGGGCUGGAUCGGAGGCGACUCCUGCAAUCUCAUCGGCUCUUUCCUCGCGGAUCAGCUGCCGUUGCAGACCUACACGGCGGUGUACUACGUCCUGGCCGACCUGCUGAUGCUGUCGCUGUACUUCCACUACAAGUUUAAGAAACGCCCGUCUGUGCUGUCCACCCCCAUCAACGUUGUGCUCCUGUUCACGCUGGCCAUGGCCUGUGCUGCCCCACUGCUGAGUGUCCCGCACCCCAGGACUGCGCCGGCGGAGGUCUUCCGGGGCCGCACGCUCCUGUCGGUGGAGCCGGGAAAUAAGCCCUUCACCCGGAAGGAGAUCAUUGGCUUCGUCAUUGGCUCCGUGUCCAGCGUGCUGUACCUGCUGUCCAGGCUGCCCCAGAUCCGUACCAAUUUCCUGCGGCAGUCGACCCAGGGCGUCUCCUACUCGCUGUUCGCCCUGGUCAUGCUGGGCAACACGCUGUACGGGCUGAGCGUGCUGCUCAAGAACCCCGAGGAGGACGAGAGCGAGGGCAGCUACCUGCUGCACCACCUGCCCUGGCUCGUGGGCAGCCUGGGCGUGCUGCUGCUGGACACCGUCAUCUCCAUCCAGUUCCUGAUAUACAGGAACACAGACCCCACCGCCACCUCCUCGGAGCGCCGGCCUCUCCUCCAGAGCUGACCAGGACCCAGGCUGGCCCAGGAGGACAGCAGCUCCCAGAGGCCACUCCAGGAAGGACGCGGCGUGGACCAGAGAGGUGCUGCGGGGGCCAAGUACCGGGCAGGCCCUGUGCCGCCUGCCCCCCGCCCGGCAGGCCAGCGCGUCCCCUGUUGCCCCUGAGAACCUUCAGCUCCAGGGAUUCAGGCUCAGUCUCCACUGUUGGGGGCCUCCCAGAGGGGCCGCUGCAGGAGCCCAAGCAUGUGCCCCCCGGCUCACCUACCUCACUCCGCCCGCUUGCCCGGGAUGGCGCGGCUGGUGCCCUGCUCGGCCCCACGGACUCCGGACGACUAGUAAAGGGUACCUGUGACCAGCCUCUCUCGCUCCUUCCCCCAGCUGCCAGGGACACAGCAGCGGGGAGGGAUCUGGUCUGCACGCUAGGUCCCAGGUGGGGUGCUGAGCAGGAGGGCACAGAGUCGGCCCGGCAGCUCUGCCUGGUCCCUGCCGCCUCCCCAGUGUGUGUCUCUAUGACGGCUCCACCCCUGGUGACAGUGAGGCCACCCAUCAGGCCCCUAUGUUGUUGUGCUCUGGGAGACGGGGCUCAGAACUGGGUUCGUGAGUCUCAGCUGCUCUGGGCCUCACUUUUCCCAUCUGUAUAAUGGGAUGGCAUCGCAACCGCUUCCUUCAUUCCUGUAAUAAGAUGGUGGUAUUGCAGAGCUCAACCCUAGGGUCUGUCACGGAGUGAGAGCUCAAUAAAGGUCAUCACCAGACCUUUCUUUUUUAUUUGGUCAUCAUCAGAAUGAUCAGAGGAGGCCUGGAACAAUAGUACAGUGGGCAGGGUGCUUGCCUUGAAGGUGGCCAACCUGGGUUCGAUUCCUAGCAUCCCGUAUGAUCCCCUCAAGCACCACCCAGGAGUGAGUGGUCCCUGAGUACAGAACCAGGAGUAACCCCUGAGCAUUUCCGAGUGUGGUCCCAAAACCAAAAUUUGAAAAUCUAAAAAAAAAUCGAAGGAGAGAGGGGUGUUCAGAUCUCCCCGAGGACCAGGGAGAGCUUCCCAGGGGAGGUGGCAUGGUGUAGGGUGAGUGGGAGAUGGCUGCAGAGAAAGGGAAGUGUCUAGACACCAGGAAGUGGAGGGCGGGACUUAGCCCGGAGCUCUCUUUCCUGGCUUCCAACUUAGUUUCUCUCCUGACCCAGUCUGAGUCCGCUGCCCCCGUGGGCUUUGACCUUGAGUGCCCUGAGGACAAAGGGCCCAGCUCCCCUCUGCCAGCCUGACCCACCACCCCAGGGCCGGAGCGUCUGGGCUGGGCGGGCGGGUGUGGGUGUGUGCAUGCACCACCCAGCGGCAGGGUGAGCCUUUCUUGGUUGGUUUUGGGGACACACUUGAUGCUGGUCUGGUGGCUCCAGAGACAGGAUGCUUCCUACGUGCAGAACCUGGGCUCCCUGUUCUGCACCGUCUCUCCAGCCCAGCGUGGGCCUUUGUUUCAGAAUUUUCAGCAGAAGGUGCCCGCCCCAGAGUCGACCCCCAGCUGGUGGGGCCCAGGCCUGCCUGGUUCCGCUGCAUGGCUAAUCUGUGUCCGUGCUCCAGGCCGGGCACCUGCGGCCAGGUGGCAGACUCCCUUCCCCGCUUGGAGAUCCCGGGAGGAUUCAGGGGGUGGGAGAGCCUCCCUUCUCUGGGGGAGCCUCCCUGCUCUGGGGGAGUUCUUGCCCGGCGGGAACAUUCAGGCUCAGCCUCUCGUCAUGCAGGCUGCAGCCCCAUCUACCGGGGAGACAGGCCCUGCCAGGGGGUGUGCGGAUGGCGGCCGGGAAGCCUAUUUGUGGGGCCGAAUGAGCGCAGCCCUUAGGCACCCCAGACCCCACAGCUGCCGGGGCCGCCUGGAGAGCAGGAGAGUCCAGCUGGCAGCACCCUGUCUGCUGCAGGUGGGGCCUGCCUGCAGUGAAGGAACCAGGCUUUCCUGGGAUCUGGCAGGGAGUUUCCCCUCUGUCCCCCACCCCGGGAGAGGGGUGGUUUUCUCUAGGUGUGGCGUGGAGGAAUGAAACCCACCUUAGACCCUUCCUCUGCAUGAAGUAGGGAACCCCCGCCCGCACCCCGCAGACCAGUUUCCGUUCUCAGGGUGCUGUGCUUCCCAGCUAGUCCACUGCUUCUUUGUGGGCGGCUUCUCAGAAGGCCCCCGGGAGCAGAGGCAGGCGGGGCAGAGCUGCCCAAGGCUGCAGUGGACCCGGUCAGCCGUUACCUGGGGCCCAGAGUCCCAGCCCUGUGACCGCCCCAAGGACACAGCCGCCUCCCAGCAGCUCUGCCCAGCACCUGCGCCUGCUCCACAGGCCGCUGCUCGUAAUAAAUGCUCCCCGCCCCCGCACCAUUUCCCGAAUGCGCUGGCCAGGCCCCUUUGUCUUCACACCCCUGGUACACAGGGAGCGUGCAGUAAAUGUUUGGGAAAGGCAAACAGUGGAUGCCAGAAACAUGUCUCAGGCUGAGGGGAUGGGCACGCAAGCAGCAGCUUCUUACCGUUCUAUUUUUGCUUUGGGGGCUUCAGGAAGUGCACUUGGGCUGCUUCCGGCUCCGUGCUUGGGGGUUGGUCCCGGCGAUGCUCAAGGGACCAUGCGGUGUCAGGGGACCAAACCCAGGGCCUCCCACAUGCAAAGCAUGCAAUAGCUCUUGAACUCAUCUCAAACCCUAAGUAGGCACUCUAUUGGGGGUUUUAGUCCACCACCAGCUGUGCUCAGGGGCCACUCCUGGCUCAGAGCUCAGCUGUCUUUUCUGAUGGUGCUCAGGAAACAUACAUGGUGCUGGGGAUUGAACUGGGGUUGACCACAUGCAAGGCAACCACCCUAUCUCUGGCUCCCAAAUCUGUACACUUUUAAAUGGGCGAAUUGUGUGUGGAUUACAGUUCAGCAAAAGUAUUUGAACACCGAACUAGCCAUUAAAAUGUGAACAGGAAAUUAUUUGGUCCUGAAAACACAUCCAUCACAUCUUCCAGUUGUUGGAGUUUCCUCCAGUCACUUGUACCUGAAGGACAGUCCUUCUACAGCAGGCGUGGGGAGCCUUAUUUUGCCAAGCCCAUUUGCAUAUCUGUAAUAUCAUUUGCAGGCCAGACAUACAGGCGGAGGGGUCAUGGGCAGUCAAUGGGAAGCAUCCGUAUCUGUCCCCGUGUACCAGGGCCAGGCCGUGUGAUUUUGUAGGCCUUCCACAACCUGUGGGCAUUUACCACUAUUAUAAAGGGUGUGAUCUGUCAGGAAGAGUGAUUAGGUACGAGAGAAAGUAUUUUAUCCACUGGAUGAGUCUAGAUGAGAUAAACAUAAGGCGUGGUCUGUUCGUUCAACAGAGCACGGACUCCAGACUGAAAAGGUUCUCCCAUCAGAGACAGGGAUCGAGAGCUCUGUAGCAUAGUUGGGCCAAACCUGGCAAUGCUCAGAGGUCAUCCUAGAGGUGCUCCGGGAAUCUUAUGGGUAGGCUGUGUGCAAAGCAAGUGCCCUACCUGCUGUACUAUUGCUCCUGCCUGUGACGUUAUAUUUAAGAGUCAGGCCACGUCCUGGAGGAAUAGCAUUGGCUAAGAACAGCUCCCAGCUCCUGGUCAAAUGCAGCCAGUGUGGUCUUGGCAAUUCUGCUAUCUGACUCUGCCUGGCACACAAAAAUAAAAGUGAAAAUCAUGGGAAGAAUCCAGAAUGCAUGGAAUGUAUUGUCAGGAGCUGUGUGAGAAAUGUAUUUUUGCUUUUUGGGUCACACCUGUCCAUGUUCAGGGGUUACUCCUGGCUCAUGAACUCAGGAAUUACUCCUGGCGGUGCUCAGAGACCAUAUGGGAUGCUGGGAAUCAAACCCAGGUUGGCCGCAUGCAAGGCAAAUGCCCUACCUGCUGUGCUAUUGCUCCAACCCCGUGAAAAAUACUUUAAUGUCUUAGUAUAUAGGACCCUCAAAAUGGAUGGGUCAUUCAGGAAGAGACACCCCAUGAAAGGCGCUUCCUUGUCCUACAGACACCCUCUAAUUGGAAAUGUUUAUUAGACUUACUGAACAUACAUGGGCCAGAGAGAUAAUGUAAGGUCAAGCCCUUGCCUUUAAUGUGGGUCACCUAGUAAGCCCUGAGUACCACUGGGUGUGGCCCCCAAACAAACCCUACCGAACAGACAAUGUGAAAGACAAGUGAGAGCACAGGUUUGGCAUGUGUGAGACCCGGAGUGUCAUUUCCCGAAAUAGCGACCAAAAAUAAACUAGUAAAAACCAGUUCAAAUAAAACCUAAGUAGAGCACAAACUUCAGAAA